AUGCCCGCCCCGACGCCGACACCCCCGACUACGCCAUCUGUCGGCUAUCCUCCCUCUUCGCAGUUCGAUUCGUUCGAUGAAUGGAUGCGGAAUACCUCGGCUUCCGCGUUGUCGGAUCCUAUUAUGUUCUAUCAGGGGCAACAGCAGCAGCAGCAGCCGACUCCCGAUCUGUCGUCCUACCCCGCCUAUGUCUCCUCUCUCGAUAACUCCCUACCCCCUUCGGGGUCCUUCAAUCCAUACGCCAUGAACGUCUUCGAUGAGGAUCCCACCCUCUCCGCACAACAGCAACAGCCGAACAACAACAAUGAGGUUCGAGCCAUGUCCAUCGGCGCCGGGAGUAGCAGCGAUGGAGGGAUGAGUAUGGACGGGCUGGGAAUCAGUCCGGCCACGAGACGUUCCGUGUCGUUCAGUGGCGCGAGUCCGUCCCCCAGGGAAUGGAUGCCUCUGCACCCACCACCCACGUCCGAUAAUAUGGUCAUGGACGAAGGGGGACAACACGCGUAUCAGCGUCCGUUCUUCGCGAACCAGAAGGCGGCAUCGACGACUAGUUUGCUACUUCCUUCGGAUGUCUUUAGUCCUACGACUUCGUCGGCGUUUGGGAUUGGGAGAGCGUCGUCUUCGAGGUCGACGACGGACAUACAAUCUAGCGCUCCGGCUUCGGCUUCGACGUCUGCUAUCCGCGAAGAAUUUUCGGCAGAGUUGAGCGAGGAGAUGGAGGCGCUGAUGGCUUUUGCGGCUGGCAAGUUUUCGUUCAAUGGCGAGGGAGGCGGGUACGGAGACGGAGAUGGGGGGUUUGUUCCGGGUGCGAGUGGGUUUGGAGGGGAGGAGGGACGGGGACAGGGACGGGGACAGGAUCGGAAUCGCGAUCAGGGUAUGGAGGUUGCUAAUCAGUAUGGGUUCGAUCGGACGUUGUAG